AGGAAAUGAAGAAACCAUGUAUUGAAGCAGAUUUGGUUCCAAUAUUGAUACCUUUGCUGGAGAGCAGAGACCAAGAAAUGUUGCUUCAUACUGGGAGGGCUAUUGGCCGUAUCUGUUAUGACAAUCGUGACCUUCAGGAAGAGCUGGUGAAGGUUGGAGUAAUCCCAUCACUAGCCCGAAUAUUAACUGACUAUGAAGAGAGCGAACCACUUGUCCACGUUGCUCUAUUGGCCUUAUACAAUCUUGCAGACCUUGAUACAGCUAAAGAAGCUCUAAGCAAGACAAAUGUUGCUGAACAAUUGGUGAAACACCUGAGAAGAGCAGUGAACCAUGAAAGGCUAGAAAUUGUCUUUGAGGUCCUGCAAGCACUUGCAGAAAAUGAUGCUCUGAAAGUGCAGCUGGUGGAGGCUGGAGUGCCAGAGGUGCUGUCUGAGAUCCUGCUGAGGCUCCAAGGCAGUUCACAAGCUGAAGACACAUGCAUUGUGAAGGCUGCAUCAGAUCUCAUCGUCUCUCUGCUUCUUGGAGAUGGCAACUGUUUACGGAUGGUGCAGCUGGGAGUCAUUCACCAGCUUCUGGAUCUUCUGGAGAAGCACGUACAGAGCGGGGACACCUCUGUUCAACACGCUGCACUCAGUGCACUUCAAAACCUUGCUAUACCAGUUGUUAGCAAGGUUCAAAUGCUGGAGGAAGGUGUUGCAGAACGGAUUGAGGCACUUCUAAGAUCAGAGAGUCCUCCUGUGCAGUUUAAACUUCUUGGAACCUUACGGAUGUUAGCAGAUGGUCAAGCUGAUGCAGCUGAAAUCUUGGGCCAAGACCCCACCCUGCUCAACAGACUUGUGCAGUGGUGCGACAUGAACGACCACACCGGCGUCCGCGGGGAAGCAAAUCGGCUGCUGGCAUCAAUCUUGCAUCACAACAGAUCCCAAGAAGUGGUCAAAGCCAUCCAGGAGGCACAAGGAGUGAAGCAUCUGGUUUCCAUGACAACAAGUGAACAUGCUGCCACACAGAAUGAGGCUCUGAACGCCUUGGCAGUAGCAUCUGCAAUCGAUUUAGAAACCCUUGAAGAAUCUUUCAAGGAAUCACAGCUAGUUCAAAGUUUACACAAACUUCUACAAGAUGAUAAUACAAGCCCUGAGGUGAAAUACAAUUCAAUGGGUCUUCUGUGCAGGCUUCUUAAUUCAGGUGAUCUGAGACAAGAAAUAGAGGAGGACAAGAUUAAAGAAACUCUGGAACAACUCUGCAGUCACAGCAAUGCAAAUGUGGUCAAGGCAGCUGUCACAACAUUACAGGUUUUGAGAGGAGACCCACCUCAAUAGCAUCCCUUCUUCCACGUGGCAACCCAGCACUGCUGCUGGGGCAAACAAAACACCACCUUUGCAACCCUACCUUGCAUUUGCAGUGUGGCCACACAACCAACACUACUAAAGCCCAGGCACAGCUCCUGCUUUUAAAGCUGUACAUAAACCUGAUUUGCCCAUCUACUUGGCCUCCUGAUUCUUGCAUCACUGCAGCUCUUCACUGAGCUACUAAGACACAGCAGUAGGAAUAAGGCCUGUCAAAGCAAGUGAUCUCAUAAAACAUCACAGAAGAAGCAUUAGGCAAUUACCACUUCUGUUACACAUUUUUAAGCUGCUUGGUUUUGUCCCAUUAGGAUACACACAAGAAAAAUUGCAUCAGUGGGACUUGAAAAUAAUUACAUAAAAAUCUCAAGCUUAUAUCACAUAACCUGAAAUGGGGUGGAUUAGAUCUGUAGCCUAAACAAUGCAAAGGGCCAACAGGCACCAACUGAACCUCUGCACACCAUGAAUCACACUGUGAGCCCAGCUGUUAAGGGACCACAUUAAAACCAACACAAACUAUCCUUAAACUAACUCUCCCUUCAAUUUCCAGUUUUAAAGCUCAUCUCUAAAAUUUUAUCCUGCUACUGUCACAAGCUGUAUUCCUAAAUAAUUGAGGCUGCAGUCUUGUUCUAAGUUCAGAGCUGUAUUGUAACAUGUUGGAACCUGGAAUGAGACUCAGCAGAAGCAAAGGUUACAAGAAACUGCAGUCAGUGAACAUACAGUGCUUACACAAGACACAAAAUUAAAGCUAAUUAGAAAUUGCAAGUGGGAAUGGGUGAAGAUUUGGAGGCAGCUGGCAUUCCAUUAUCACCAGUAAGAGGACCUGGGUUUAACUUCACAUAACGAAAAACUGUAGUAAAGCAAAUGUGUCUAAACAUUUCUACAGAAACCUUUCAUAUUUAAAAUUGGUGAUUAGAUGAAAAGGUAACAGAUUCUAUUACACAACUUGUUCUUGUGGGAACUUUUUGAAGCAAUGGAAUGUUGCAGAGUUACAAUGUCCAAACCCCUGCAGUGGUAGAAUGCUGGGGAAAAACAACCUUUUUUUUUUUAGCCAGCAGAAAAGUUAUUGUGAAAAAAAUAAACAAGUACUGAUCUUCAGAAAACUGUUACAAAACAGGGUAUGUUUCAAAGUCAACAACGUCCAACAAUUUUCAAACAAUUUGAGUACAACUGGCUGCAACAAACUGUCUGCAAACAAACAUUUCAACUUUUUUCCUGCAAAAGUCUUCCCACCUGCAAAACUUAGUAACACUACUUGGCCUACUACACUCAUCACCAAACAUCACUCUCAGGAAUACUCUUAAGAAAGAGAAUUUCAUAAAACCACCCCAGACAAGUCACUUGGUGAGUAACAGAAGCAGGUUUUGACCACACAGGAGAAAAGAAAAACAGCAGAUUUAACUUUCUGGAUGUCAGGAGAUUUAAUAGUUUCUCUAAACCCUUCUGCAGCUCUUCGCUAGUUCAUGGCUUUCCAUUAGCAAUGGAGAAAAAAAUCAUCAGUGUUAUUUAUUAUUCAGCAGCCCAGACUGCAAACAAAAAUAAAA